AAUGGCUGAUGACCAAGACCUUUCGGAGGUGGAGAUGAGCCCGGUGGGCUCUGAAGACCACCACUGCCUCUCGCCAGGACCCUCCAUGGUGUCGGACAACUCCCCGCACCUCGCCGGUUCUGGGAGCGGGGAGAUGGGGAAGGUCAAGAAGGAACAGCAAGACUCGGAGGCAGACGACGACAAGUUCCCAGUGUGCAUCCGCGAGGCAGUCAGCCAGGUGCUGAGCGGCUAUGACUGGACCCUGGUACCCAUGCCUGUCCGGGUCAAUGGAAGUAACAAGAGCAAACCCCACGUCAAGCGGCCCAUGAACGCCUUCAUGGUCUGGGCACAGGCUGCCCGGAGGAAAUUGGCUGACCAGUACCCGCACCUCCACAAUGCCGAGCUCAGUAAGACCUUGGGGAAGCUCUGGAGGCUGUUGAACGAAAGUGACAAGCGGCCCUUUAUCGAAGAGGCGGAGCGGCUGAGGAUGCAGCACAAGAAGGACCAUCCCGAUUACAAGUACCAGCCCCGCCGCCGGAAAAACGGCAAGGCCACACAGGGCGAGGCCGAAGGCCAGGUGGAGGGGGAGGCUGGUGGGGCUGCUGCUAUCCAAGCCCACUACAAGAACGCCCACCUGGAUCACAGGCAUCCCGGCGAAGGGUCACCCAUGUCCGAUGGGCACCCAGACCACUCCUCAGGUCAGAGCCACGGGCCCCCCACACCUCCUACCACCCCUAAGACCGAGCUGCAGGCAGGCAAAGCCGACUCCAAACGAGAAGGGCGUUCCCUGGGGGAAGGGGGAAAGCCACACAUUGACUUUGGCAAUGUGGACAUCGGGGAGAUCAGCCAUGAAGUGAUGUCCAACAUGGAGACCUUCGAUGUCAAUGAGUUCGACCAAUACCUGCCGCCCAACGGACACGCUGGCCACCCAGGCCAUGUUGGGGGCUACGCAGCAGCGGCAGCUGCUGGCUACGGCCUCGGGAGCGCCCUCGCUGCAGCCAGCGGACACUCUGCCUGGAUCUCCAAGCAGCACGGAGUCUCCUUGUCCACUGCCACCUCAUCGGUCGUAGACUCCAAGGCCCAGGUGAAAACGGAGGGGUCUGCCCCUGGAGGUCAUUACACCGAGCAGCCCUCCACCUCCCAAAUAGCUUACACAUCCCUGAGUCUGCCCCACUACGGUUCGGCCUUCCCCUCCAUCUCCAGGCCCCAGUUUGACUACCCAGACCACCAGCCCUCGGGACCCUAUUACAGCCAUUCCAGCCAAGCCUCUGGCCUCUACUCUGCCUUCUCCUAUAUGGGACCUUCCCAACGUCCCCUUUACACUGCCAUCUCUGACCCUGCACCCUCCGUGCCACAGUCCCAUAGCCCCACACAUUGGGAACAGCCUGUGUAUACGACUCUCUCCAGACCGUAGGGAAUGGGGAACAGUGACCGAAGCAGCGAUGGAAAGGCUCCGAAGAAUCAGCACAGGCAGAAGAGCCUCCGAACUCCGAGGUCACUCAGUGCCAUACAGCGACCAGAACCCACUGAGUAUACAGAAGUGCCUUUCUUGACCCCGGCUAUCGCUGGCUCACCCGCCUAGAGGAAGGUUUUUCGUCCUUUCGCCCUUUACCAAUUUCACGCAGGCCACGCGACUGGCUUGUGACGCCUUAUUGGCCUUCUAGAUGAGGAGGAUUCUAGACAUGGAGUGACUGGUCCGUGGUGGGUUUUGUUGUGCGCACCCUGGACUGUACCAUGAGAGAGACUGUCCUUUCCUUCCCCUCCCCAAACUGCUCCAGGGAGUUAGCAAGUGUUUCCAACAGGCCACAAAGGCCAACACUUUGUCACCUGCUGCGGGUGAAGGGUGGUUGCUCAGCCUUGGUGAACAUGUUAUGGGAGGAGUAGUAGGGAGGACGGCACGGCCGGCUUCCUUGCCAUCAGCGUCGUGCAGCAGUCCUGCCUAAGAUUCACACAUGCAUGAAUCUUGAACCCCACUGGAAGACCAACCUACGCUUGCUUCCCUGCUGAUUUC